AUGGGGAGAAACCGAAAACGUGGCAUAGUGAAGUCAUCCAAGUUCAAGACUUCUAUUUGCACGUUUCACAUAAAUCCCACCGGAUGUCCCUUUGGAGAUCGUUGCGCAUUCGCUCACGGUGCCGAAGAGCUGCGCAGCGAAGUUGAGAACACUAAGAAAAAGAAUAAUCGAAGAUAUACAACGUUGAACAGCGAUGCUGGCUCUGGUAAUGAACUUGUGGCGAGGUGUGGCGGUGUUGCGCUAUCGUGUGGCGAGACUCAGCUUUUCGGGAUCGCCAGCAAAGAAACGUCCUUGUCCAUGAGGAGUAAACGGAGAGACUUCACUGAAGUUGUCAGUUGGGGAGAUUUUGCUUUGAAAGGCACAAUAUCAGCACCUGCGAAACCAGAGAAGGGUAAUGCUGCGACAAAGAACUUUGCGUCUGUGAACAAUGCCGCGAAGAAAAGGAAUUUUAUGCCUCAAACCGAAGUUUGCAGGGAAAUGUGUUCAAAAAACCAAUGCUGUACAGAUAUAAACAAACAUGGAAAGUCAAAGAUAGUUGGGACACAAGAAACUAAGGCAAGUGCUUCAGGGGAAAUAUAUUCUACCAGCAACUCUCUCUUUCCUAGUAGUAUGGGGAAGAUGGACGGUUUGACGCAGUAUCCUUAUUUACCCCCUGGCGCGUUGUUGUUGCCAUAUUUGGGAACCAUACCAAAUUUUGGCUCUACCCCUUCUUCUCAUCCGGGGGCCGCUUACGUCAUGUGCGUUGCCGCGGAUGGAAGUCAGGGAAAUAGUGUUCCCUGCUUGCUUCCCCUUACUACAUCCUCGGUUACCGAAAUGAAAGAUCUGAUAACUCUCACCGAUACAUCCUUUAUUCCUUAUGUCGCGUUGCCUGAAGCCAACUGUAGCAAUAACGUUACAGAUGGUGGCAAUCAGCAUGAUUAUCCCUCUUCUGCCUCUAAUACUGUCUUUCCGAGAAUGAUGCCUGUACCGUUAACGUCAUUCUCUAGAAUUAUUCCGACUAACACCUUUCCCUUGUAUAAGGGACAAGAGCGGCCUAAUGUUUCGGGAGUUGGGACAUGCUCAUCAUCAAUGCCUAAGCGGGGAUUUUUCGGGAACGAUAAGAACAAUAAUAAGGAUGACGAUGCUGACAGUAAGAAGGACUGUAUCAUUUCUCUCUCGUCUCACGUUUCUGCUAUGAAGACAAAUGUGGACGAUGAGACAAUGGGGUUCACAGGAGUGCCGGAGUGGAAUUAA